AUGGAUUUGACCAAUCGUCCUCGGACUCGCCAAAGAGCGUAUAAGAAACCACCAACUCUUGACGUUCCUGACAUUGACCAAGAUGCUGCUGAAAGGAAAAGAGUCCUAAAUGUGCUGGCUCAAAGGAGAUAUCGUGAAAAGAAGCGACUGAGUCGUCUCAAAGCCAAGUCGACUGGCAACGAUGUGACUCAAAAUCCAGACCCUGAACCAGAACCAUCCCCCAGCAUUGAUGAAGAGUCAUUCGGGGACGAUAUCAUUGAAAUUCCCAGAACAUCACAGAACAAUGCACAGUUCAGCAGCCAAGCGGCCAACAUGACCAUGCCAGUAACCACCGGAGAUGCUGCUGACAUGUUGGCCGGGCUUGAUUUCAGUCUGACAUCGUGGAGUCCCCUUUCAGAAAUGGUGCUUCCAUCUAUUUUACCAGAUGUCAGCGUUCUCCCAGAAUUCUUAUGCGAACAAGGUACCGGCGAUGAAGCAUCAACAGGAACUUCUACUGGACUACCGACAGAGUUUGGCGGACCUGACCUGGCAACAUUCCUCGACACACCAUUCAGUUCGUCGCCUACUACCUCAACAGAGAGCUUCCCUGACAGCUAUAACCUCCCUGUGCUACAACUCGCACUGCUCAAGGGCGUUAUACGGAUCGCGGAUCGCCUCAACUGUAAGCAAGGUCUAUGGGAUCUUGACGGGAAUUCAGCUUUUGUCACAGGCGUUGCCACACCAGCAGCUUUGCUCCCUGCAAACUGGCAGCCUACUCCUUUGCAAACCUCGUUACCGCACCAUCCAGUGUUUGACCUUCUUCCAUGGCCAGGCGUCCGAAACCGCGCCAUUUCCAUUUUAUCAUUACCUGACGAGUUGCGGCCACCGCGGGCACGGGGCGAGUUGGCAUGUGUCAACUUUGCAUACGACCUGGAAGACACGGCUGAGGGAGUUCGGAUCCAUGGUGAAGAUCCGUAUGAUCCCGGAAGCUGGGAACUUGGACAGAUUGCAUUUGAGAGAUGGUGGUUCCUGUUCGACAAUACCAUCAUCAACACAAGUAAUCGAUGGCGUAGGGCGAGGGGGGCACCACCAUUGCUUCGUAGUAAUGGCGAGAAUUCUAGUAAGAACUCGAGUUCCACUACAUCACCAGCCAUGAGUGUUUAG